AUUUACGUCACAUUCUAGGCGUGAGAGAGCAGGCUGUGUGCACUUGCUUUCACUACUUUUGUAGACUUUUAAUCUCUCAACUGACAAAGUCUUGUUGUUUUAACUUUUGAAUUUGUUGAAAGACGUUCCUCCGUUGUUGAGCUACUUUUCAGGACAUGGAUUUCUCGCUGGCGGAUGCCAUAGCGGACGAUGUCCCGGGCCAAGCGGAGAAAGCGGGUAACCCCAAUCCAGCUGCCCCCAGCGCCCCUCCACCCACUAACCCUGGAUGGCCUGGCGCUGCCCCUGGAGCUCCCACACAGCCCUCUGCUCCGGGCGGAUUCCCGGGAGGCCCGCACUCUGGCCCAGGGGCCCCGGGGCAAUUUCCUGCAAAUCAAGGACCCUUCUCCUCUGGUCCGGGAGCACCGGGGCAGUAUCCUGGAGCUCCCUCCGCUCCUGGUGGGUUCCCGCCUGGUCCAGGAGUGCCAGGGCAGUACCCUGCCGGACCUGGUGCCCCCGGGCAGUACCCUGCCGGACCUGGUGCCCCCGGGCAGUACCCUGCCGGACCUGGUGCCCCCGGGCAGUACCCUGCCGGACCUGGUGCCCCCGGGCAGUACCCUGCAGGACCUGGUGCCCCCGGGCAGUACCCUGCAGGACCUGGUGCCCCAGGGCAGUACCCUGCAGGACCUGGUGCCCCAGGGCAGUACCCGGCCGGACCUGGAGCCCCAGGGCAGUACCCGGCCGGACCUGGAGCCCCAGGGCAGUACCCGGCCGGACCUGGAGCCCCAGGGCAUUACCCAACCGGACCUGGAGCCCCUGGACAGUUUCCUGGAGCUCCCAUGCAGUACCCGUCUGGGCCGUUCCAGACCAGCCCUGGAGCACCCCCAGGACCAUAUCCGAACGCGCCUUACCCCGGAGCCCAGCCUGGUGGUGGGAUGUACGGACCAGGGGGUCCAGGAGCUGCCUUCCCUGGGUUCUCAGGUGGAGCCUUCCCUCCCAUCCCCUCUGGCUCAUGGGGUCCUGGGGGAGGCGGAGGGUUCCCGGCCCAGCCAGGCCAUCCUGGCUCCUUCGGCCCAGGGCCCAUGGGACCGUACGGGGGCCCAGCGGCUCCAGGAGGCAUGCUGCCAGUGCCGUACGAGUUGCCCCUCGAUAACGGGAUCAUGCCCAGGCUGGUCAUCACCAUAGCGGGGGAGCCCAUCCCUGGCGGAGACAGGUUCCAUGUUGACUUUUUAAAAGAAGAAGAUGAUGAGGAUGAUGAAGAGGUGGUGUUCCACCUCAACCCUCGUUUCUAUGAGCAACAAAUUGUCCGUAACUCACACCUAGACGGGGGUUGGGGUCCUGAGGAGCGUUCCGGAGGAUUCCCCUUCGUUCAAGGGCAACGCUUUGAGCUGAAGAUCCUAGUGGAGGAGGACUCUUUCAAAGUGGCCGUGGACGGGACCCACAUCCUGGAAUACGAACACAGAACGGGAGGGUUUGAGGACGUCACCUUGCUGCGUGUGGUGGGCGAUGUCGCUCUCUACAGCGUGGCCCCUAGCAUGAUCUAACGGUUCCCUUGUGGAUCUCCGCUGGGCCUAAAUGGUACCCUGUUCCCUAUGUAGUGCACUAAUAUGGUGCCCUGUUCCCUAUGAGGUGCACUAAUAUGGUGCCCUGUUCCCUAUGUAGUGCACUAAUAUGGUGCACUACAAAGUAAGGCUCUGCUUUUGACUAAUAAGGCACCUUUAAUGGGGUUGAUAUAGAGCGCUAUUCCAGGUAUAGUGUAUAGUAUCCUAUUGUAGUUUGGCUUUUGUGAGAAGUAGUACACUACAAUGGCGUAGGGUGCCAUUUGGGAUUCAGUCACUGAACCUGAAUGACACUGUGGCCAAUGGACUGGAUGAAUCUCAUGCAACUCUUUCCAUUAUCCAAUCGAACAGGGCUAGCCCAGUUAUUUAGUUUUGCAUUGUCAUUUAUACCAACUAUGGUGGACAGAUGAAUGGGCGCGUUCGGAGCCGCUCGUCUGCUGUCCACUCGUCUUGGCCUGGUAGUGUGAAAAGCCCUUCACAGCAUGUCCUGCAUUUUAUUUUUGUUUCAGAGAUUUUAUUCUGGACACAAAUUAAUAUUUGUCAUAUAUAACGCAAAAAAUUAUAGAAAUAUAUACAAGUGAGGACAAGGAAGUAAACUCUGUGAACUGUAGCGAAUGAGAAGUAAGCUUUUACAGCUCUAGGAAAAGUAACCAUAUUUAUUCUGCAUGAACUUCUUGGCAAAUGUGGAAAGGUUGAUAUGUCGUUAGCAUUUCUUGCUUUCAAAUUAACGGCAAAGUAGGCUUCUGCUGUAAUUGUGUUUUUUUUGUGUGUCCAUAACGCCAGUUUGAUUGAAAGGGUUGUUAUUCAUGUGUGCAUAGUAACAGACUGAAAAUGUGGCUUUUAGGGGUGGGGUCAAUUCAUGAAGUACACUGACAUUCCAAUUCUCCUCAGUGCUUUUCAGUGACAAAAUGAGGAAUUUGAUUGGCAGGAAUUGACCCCAACCCUGUGGGACCUCUUUGAACCACUAUAUGUUAUUGCUGCCUGUGAGGCAAAAUGGAGUUAGAUGGAGACUAAAAUUAUAUACCAAGCCUUGUUUGUAUGUUCCGUGGACUGGUUUUGGUAUCAUCCUGCUUGUAAGUCAUAGCAAAUGUGUGUCUUUAAUAUUUCAGUAUUAACCCUUCUGUCGCUCCACCCUGAUGAAUUGAGGAGCACCCAUCAAUCAAUCAAGUACUUAUUUGUGCAACAAGGAGAGGACAUCUACAGCUAAAUGUUAUUGAACUGUAGUCAGUCAUUAUAUAACUUUGUAGAUUUGUGGCCAAAGACGAAGUAUUAUUUUCAAGAUGAAGUUUUAAUAAGGUUGUGAAUAAAGAGACCUGGUGGAUUCUA